AUGGCAACCAGAGUGCCUCAGCAGUUUCCCCUUCAAGGGAUCCUUUGCCUUUGCUCCGUCCGGCUGGGAGAGACCGGGCGCCAGGAGCCGGUCACAGCUGUGGCCGCCUGUUGGAAUUCAAAUCGGUGUGGCGGGCGCUGGGGAGGCGCCGCCCGCCGCUUGAGCGCCACGCGGCGCCAGCAGGCCAGGCCGGCCUGCCAGCCCACGCGCGCGACGGGACGUCGCCACAGGACUGGGCCCACCACUACAGGUUCUCGGCACGCGCGCGGAUCUGUUGCGGCCGAGGUGGGCGGUUGCCCUUCCGUGGCGGCUUUAUUGCGCCUUUACGGCGUGAGAAUCGGGAGGAGGAGGGGCGGCAGAACGCACGUGCGCCUCCUCCAUCUUCAUCUUCCUCCUCUCCUCCUUUGUUGCUGCUGCUCCUUCGUCGCCGUUGCUGCUGCUGCUGCUCGCCACCGCAACGCCGCCGCGACACCAUCUUCCCCGUGCUUCUCCGAGCCGCCACCAAGCCAUGGAGAAGAGCGGUUGGGAUGGCUCGAAUGUGCACGAAGGGCACAUCGAGUUCCUCCGCGCGACGCGGAGGCUUCCCCACGCCGACGUCUUGGAGGCGCGCCUUCCCGCCGAGCGGGAGAUCUCGCCGGCACCGCGGCCCGGCGAGUUCUCGUCUUCCGCACCCACUUCCUCUGGGGUUUCGCGCUGCCCGUGAGUAACUUCCUCCGCUCCUUCCUCGUUUUCUAUGAUCUGCAGCCGUACCACCUCACCCCCAACACGGUGGUGCUGUUGUUCGCCUUCGUGACCUUUUGCGAGGGUUACCUUGGCGUCUUGCCCUUGCUUAAGCUGUGGGGCAGUUUUUUCUACCUCAAACUGGGCACAUCGGCUAAGGAGGAGCCGGCUCAGUGCAGGGCUUGCGUUGCCGUGCGGCGCUCAGGAGGAGGGACCCGCUUCCCGGCCAUCGCUCUGCUGGAGUCGGCGAAACUCUGGCAAAAAUCCUAUUUCUACGUCCGGAAUCUCCACCCGACGAAGGACUACAUUAACCUGCCGGCCGUCGAGAUCAGGUCGCCUGCUGGGUUGCGGGACAACUGGAGCCAGCAGCCGCCCAAGUGCCUGCCGCAUGCUAUCACCAACGUCCUCGUCCGGCUCCAGGAGAUGACGGACCGGGAGGGGCUCAAGCCGGCCGACUUGUUGGCCGCCUUUGUCCAGCGCCGGGUUUCGCCUCUCCAACUCCGACCGCAUAUGAUCAGCGAGAUGAGCGGUCGCCGGGAUCCAUGUCGGAUGUCCACCAAGGAACUGCCGACUGUCGAGGUGGUCCGGCACAUGAACUACUUCUCCGGCAGCAAGCUCGAUGAGGAAGAAUGGCACAUCGACAAGGAGCCAUACAGCCCUGCCAACCCGCCACUGUCGGUAAGUGUCUGGUCCGCCUUCUUCGCCCAUGCCAUACUUUACAUCCGACUUGACCACCCGGCCUCAUGGCAGCGCUUCCCGGGCCAAGGUGUGCCGGCUCCGGACCAGCAGUGGAUGCCAGACCAUGAAGAGAGCGGCGCGGGCGACCCUGAGCUGGGGGCGGCCGGCUUGGAUGACGGGGGCGAGGACGACGCCACCGGAGGAGGCGGCGCGGGAGGAGGCGGCGACGUCUGGUCCUGCCGGGAUGACGACGAGGACAACAAGGGCAGCGCGGCUUGGAGGAGUCGCGAGGACAUGAGUCGGCCCUUCGACGCCGUCUGCCGCACCCGGCACGCACAAGCGCCGGCUUGAGGGGAAGUUCGGCAGCCGACCGACAAAGAAGACCAAGCAAGCGGCCAGGACCAAGCGAUGCGAGGUCGUGAAGGUGGCCGCCAUUUGGAGGGCCCCUAAGCCGUUGUCGUACGUGUCUGGGUGAGUGUGCUUGCUGCACCUGCUUCGUACCUUUCUUCUUUCUCUUGGGUUUUUUUCUCAUUCUUGUUCCCCUGCUGAGCAGAGCAGCCAUCGCCACCAUGCGGGCUCCGUCUGCCUCACUGAUCGGUUCAGCAGGCGGCUCCGAGGAGGCCUGACGCGUGGAUCCGGUCGCCGCCCUUCAGGAGGCGACAUCGAGGAACGCUCGGGAGGUGCGCGAGGAGCGGGAGGCCAUGGAGAAGGCGUAGGCCGACGCCCAAGAGGCCGAGGCGGCGCAGGCGGAGGCCCAGGCCACGGGGAGGGCGCAUGAGGAGGCAGCGAACAGGGCGCGGGCGGAGGCCAGCGCCAAGGCCACGACAGAUCCGGCUGGUGGUGGGGUCCUGGAGACCACCAACCUCGAGCAGACGGAGGUGCAGGAGGGGGAGCACCGGGCGCCGCCUGGGACAGUCGGCGCCGGAGCAGGUGGUCGUUGACGCCACCAUCCCAAAGGCGGAGGAGGUCCAGCACACGCCGGGUGCUGGAGGGCGAGGAGGCGGCGAGCCCAACUAGCCGGAGGCGCUGCAGACCGUCGCUGGGCAGCCGGCAAGCUAGGCCCUGGUGGUGCACGCUUCCUCGCACCUGCGCCCGACGCGGACGACUUCAGAGCCGAUGCUGGUGGAAACCGCGGCCUCGAGCUCGCAGGGGGCCAACGCCGGGGCCAUGAGUGCUCCUCCUCCAGGCUAGAUGGCGGGGGCCGGAUCGGCCGCCCUGAACCUGGCGGUGCAGGACAUGCUGGACAAGUUCUUCGUCCACAACGUCACCCUCCAUAGGGCGAGGGAGGAGCUGCUGGUGAUGUGGACGUCCGUCCAGGACUGCCUCUCCGAUGAUGACUUCUCUGUCCACCUGCGCCCUGGCGGCGAGUUCCUGGUGCACUUGGCGAACCCUAGGGUUCGCGCCCGCGUGGCGGAGCGCCCUGUCCGUGCUCAUCGCUUUCGGCUUCUCUCCCAGCCCUGGGGCCGCUCCGCGGGCACCGAGCUGCUCUCCCUUCGCCUCCGCGUCGACAUUGAGAUCUCCGGGACACACGUGUGUGGCAUGAACUCGUGGCAAGUCUAAACAUUUUUAUGGCAAGUUUAGUAACGUGGUGAUGGCAAGUUUAGUUGUCAAGCAUGACAACCUUUUUUUGUAUGAGAAGUUUUAUUUUUAUUUUCUGGUUUGCUUUUUCUUUU